UUGGGAAAGAAUUGAAGGAAGUCUAGUGGUCAUUUAGACAAACAAGUCAGACACUGGGAUCAGUGCUGGCUGAACACACAGCAGUCCUCUACAUGGCAGAGACAGACAAAGGGCUGUAGGAUGAUAGAGGGCCAUCUGAAGAAGGAGUUAGCAAAUCGGAGAGCUAUGCUGGGCUCAGUGGCAGCCUUUUGGAUCAAGCUGGAUUUGUGUUUUGAAGUGGAUUUGAACAGACAAAAGGUGGACCUCUUCAGGAACAUGUUUAAGAGAAGGAUCCAUGUGCUCUGCUGCUAGAUCUUGGCUGUUGGAAGUCUCAGAUGAGCAUCUGCUGACCUUGAUUGGCAUCCUGUUCUCCGAUGUCCAAGGAAAACCCUGAUUGGUCCAGAGCAGUGAGCAGGAAGUGUUGACCUACCUCCAGUUUGGGAUUAUGGGAGCAUCUACAUUGGGAAAGGCGGCAUCUCUAGAUGCUCUCCUCAAAGAAUGCACUCAUGCGUUUGAUGAUAAUGGGGAGCUGCAGGCCAACCUGCUCCCUCGCAUCCUGCUGCUGAUGCAUCGCUGGUACAUCACAUCUUCAGAACUGGCGGGAAAACUACUGAUGAUGUAUCGUGACUGCAAAGAUGACGGCUGCCAGAGAACACGGUUGAAGAUUUGUUAUUUAAUGAGGUACUGGAUUGUGACAUUCCCUGCAGAGUUUAACCUGGACCUGGGUCUGAUCCGGUUAACAGAGGAGUUCAGAGAUGUGGCUGCUCAGCUUGGCUCUCAGGAACAUUUCAAGCUACUCGACAUCUCCACCAUUCCGUCGUACGACUGGAUGCGUAAGUUGACCCAGCGCAAGAAGCAGCCUAAGAAAGGAAAGGCCUCCCUGCUGUUUGACCACCUGGAGCCGAUGGAGCUGGCGGAGCAUCUAACCUUCCUGGAGUUCAAGUCCAUACGGAGGAUAUCGUUCACUGAUUACCAAAGCUACGUGAUCCACGGUUGCCUGAUGGACAACCCGACUCUGGAGCGCUCCAUUGCUCUGUUCAACGGAGUCUCGCAGUGGGUCCAGCUCAUGGUGCUCAGCAAGCUUACGCCUCAGACCCGCGCAGAGGUUAUCACCAAAUACAUCCACGUGGCUCAGAAACUUCUACAUCUGCAGAACUUCAACACUCUGAUGGCGGUGGUGGGGGGGCUGAGCCACAGCUCCAUAUCUCGACUGAAGGAGACUCACUCUUAUCUGGCUCCAGAAGUUGUAAAGAUGUGGAGCGAGAUGACGGAGCUGGUUUCCUCCAACAAUAACUACUCCUGCUACCGGAAGGCCUUCAGUGAAUGCCAGGGCUUUAAGAUCCCCAUCCUGGGUGUGCACCUGAAGGACCUGAUUGCAGUGCAUGUAGUCUUCCCUGACUGGGUGCAUGACAGUAAUGAGGUGAACCUGGUGAAGAUGCAUCAGCUCUACAUGACCUUCAACGAGUUGGUGUCAUUGCAGACUGCAGCGGCCCAGGUGGAGCCCAACAUGGACCUGAUUUACCUGCUGACGCUUUCUUUAGACCUUUAUUACACCGAAGAUGAGAUUUAUGAGUUGUCAUUACUAAGGGAACCACGCAACCACAAAUCAUUGCCUACCUCUCCAACAACUCCCAACAAGCCCCUGGCCCCACUGGACUGGGCCUCCGGUGUCACCACCAAACCCGACCCCUCUGUGGUCAACAAACAUAUCAGGAAGGUGGUGGAUUCUGUGUUCAGGAAUUAUGACCAUGACCAUGAUGGCUAUAUCUCUCAAGAGGACUUUGAGAGCAUUGCUGCUAAUUUUCCCUUCCUGGAUUCCUUCUGUGUUCUGGACAAAGAUCAAGAUGGAUUGAUCAGUAAGGAUGAGAUGAUAGCGUAUUUCCUCCGGGCUAACCCACUGCUCCAGUGUAAGAUGGGUCCAGGUUUCAUCCACAACUUCGCCGAGAUGACAUACCUGAAGCCCACCUUCUGUGAACAUUGUGCUGGAUUUCUGUGGGGAAUCAUCAAACAGGGCUACAAGUGCAAAGACUGUGGUGUGAACUGUCAUAAACAAUGUCGGGAGCUGCUGGUUCUGGCCUGCAGGAAGCUGAUCCGCUCCGGCUCUCUUGGGAAUGUUUCUCCAGCCAGACUGACCCACAGCUCCCUUCCCAGCAGCCCGGCUCUGCCCACCUGUGAAGAUGAGGAUGAGGUGUUUGAGUUCCCUGCCGUCCCAUCAACAGGACCGUCUCUGGACCCUCAGUCGAUCACCCUGAUGACUGGCUCCGCACAGAGGAUCUCAGUGCGCCUGCAGAGGGCCACCACUAGCCAGGCAACCCAGACUGACCCCCUAUGGCCAGAACACAGCUGGGGGGCCACAGACAGCGGCUCCCACACCUUCCCCAAAAUGAAAUACAGGACUCACAGAAAAUCAUCAAAAAAUAAAGGCUUUGCCCGCUGGGAAAACAAGAACGAGCCGGCAGUUUCUACAAGGUGCAGCGUUGACUCUCAGGAGAAGUCAGCCGUCUCAGGAGAGCCCCUACAGAACGGGAGGACACACAGAGUUAAGGACAGCUGACUUGGUCUCGUUGGUGAGGGACAGUCACAGAGAUCCAGGAAGCCCCUAUCGGCUGCAAGCAGGAAGCUCUUCUCUCUGGGGGACGUGCUGGGCUGCCUGCGCCCCCCCGUCAGUGACCUGGAGCUAUCCUGUCCUUUGUAGACCUCAGCACAGGUGGAGAUGCAUGUGGUUCCCAGUAGCUGUAUGAAAAGACAUAAUGUGUGAGCUCAGUGGAUGAUGGACUAACACCUGCUGUGUAUCACACUGUGACACCUUCACCUGAUCCUGUGAAGUGUCUUUCGGCUGGGGAUGUUUGGGAUGUACACAACAUCAGCACUUGGAAAAAGUAAAGGAAACGUUUUUUAACUUCACGAAAGUUUGAAAAAGGUUCAGUGUAGGGAAUCAAAGACAGCCAGUAACUUUUUGUAACUGCUUUGAAUGCCAGCUUGGGGACGACAAAGUAAAAGCCUGAACUAAAGAAAGAGAAGAGCAAGUUCUUCCCAAGUGGAAAUGAUCUAAAAGAUCAUGAUGGAUAUGGGAGAGAGUGUAAAAAAAGGGAAGUCAAAAUGGAGAAGAACGUUAAGGGAAUCCAACCCUCCUGACAUACAGAGCAGUGAAGAUGGACCACUAUGGACCCUGGAGUAUUUAUGGCCAAUAUUUCUAUUUAUUCCUAAAUGUUAUUUAUAUUUGCACACUACAGUGUGUUUAAACCUUCCUAUUGUUUAAUAUGUAAAAAAUGACAUUUCUCUCAGCAUGACAUAUGAUGAUUAACUGGCCUGACUCCAGCAUUGCCCAAUGAGAAUCCAUGUCAUUUAUAACUUUAACAGAAGCUCAAAUAAAACACAUCAAAGAAGUUCAUUGAAAUACAAUUGUUUAUCUAUGUUAUAUAUUCAUUAACAUUCUCAUAAUUAAAUGCAGACAAUCACAUUGCCACUAAAUGAACAUUCAACAGUACAGCCUCUCUGUCCAGCGCCCUCCCCCGAAGAAACUAUUUUAUGGGUCUGCCUUUGUCAUUCACUGCUGAGCUCUGCACACGCCCAAUGUGACCUGGAUGAUUCGUCUAAUGUUAAAAAAGAGAAGCCGGUCUUGCUGCUCUCCCUUCACUAUUUUCUGUGUUGUAAGCUGAUUCUAGUGUUCCAUUGAAAAACAAUUAAGUCAGCUAAUAUGUUGCAUUUAAAUAUGAUUGUAAAUGUAUAUAUGAAAGCUAAUAUAUACAUCACAAUGUUUUUUGUAUUUUACUAUUUCAUAUUUCAAAAAGCUAUUUUAAAUGUUCCUAACCAGGGCACAAAGAUUGCCUGUCGGUUCUUUGGAUACUUACACAAUCUUUAUAGAUUUAAUAGUUAUUAUUUUUAUCGAUAAAACAUAGAAAAGAUACUUCACAAACAGCAAAUGAAACAGAAUGCUUUCAUGGAAUUAAUAUCGAACCCUUAUCUGUUUAAAGUCACAGUCACUUUGCCGUUAAUAAAACUGAAACCGUUAGGAGAUAAAAACAGGCUUUUUGAUAACAUCAUUUUGAAAUAAAACAGUCUAUUACA